UGUAAAUUUAAUCGAAAACGAAUAUGUCAAAUGUACAGUGGCAGAAAAAAUUAUACGAAAAUUAUGGAUUGCCAGAUAAUUAUACAGAUAGUUCAUUUUUGGAACAAUUACGUAAAAAUGUAAAACCGAACAAUAUAACAUUAAUUGAGGCAAUAACUUUUGGUGCCAGUAUAUGUAUUCAAUUAAAUAUUGUGAUACUUUUUGUUAUUAUAUUCAUCUGGUUGAACAAAGAGUGGACUAGCCCAGAUGUUAUAUUUAUUUUAGGUGUCAUUUGUACAGUAUUUGGUUAUUUUAUUUAUUGUUUAAAUGAACCGAUCAUUUUGUAUAAGUUAACAGGAGAUCUCAGAACUGCAUUAAUUUUUCUUACUUUUGGCUAUAUUUUGUCACCGGUUUUGAAAACCUUAACUGAAACUAUUAGUACAGAUACGAUAUAUGCCAUGACAAUAUUAAUGUUCCUUGUACAUUUAAUAUUUAGUAAAUAUGGUUCUUUACAAAUUUCUUUAUCCGAUUCUUUAUCUAUUACAUCUUCAAUUUUUGGUUCCUUAAUGUUAGCAUCUAGAUUAGUAUCUCCAUUUCAUGCUUUUUCACUUCUUACAGUUGCAGUACAAUGUUUUGUUUUGUUACCAUUUUUGAUAUAUAAAUUAAAUAGUAAAAUAUUUAUUUCAACUGUAUUGACAUUAAGUACUUUAUACUUUCUCUUAUUUCUUUCACAAACUCUAUCAUUCGUGUUCAUUAUAACUACAGUAUUUUUACAUUUUAUUUGUCCAUGUUGGUAUAUACAAUGCCAAAGAUACAAAGAUAACAUUUAUGGACCAUGGGAUGAGGCUGUUAUCAGUUCUUAACUAUUUAAUUUAUUUGUAACAAACAUUACAGUUGAGCAACAGAAUGUAAUCAUGAUGGUAUAUAUUUACAAUAUAUAUUGUCCUAACAAAU